AUGAGGAAUUUGUGAGGUUUUAUUUUGAAAUUAAAUCGACAUGUUUUACUAUCAUUUCACAGGCUAAGCCUGCUCCUUCAAAAUCCCAGGCCAAACCUGUUGGUGUCAAAAUCCCCACUUGUAAGAUCACCCUUAGAGAAACCUUCCUGACAUCACCAGAAGAACUCUAUCGAGUGUUUACCACACAAGAGCUGGUUCAGGCCUUUACUCAUGCUCCUGCAAUGUUAGAAGCAGAUAAAGGUGGGAAGUUCCACAUGGUAGAUGGCAACGUGUCUGGGGAAUUUAUUGAUCUGGUCCCUGAGAAGCAUAUUGCGAUGAAAUGGAGGUUUAAGACUUGGCCAGAUGGGCACUUUGCCACCAUCACCCUGACCUUUAUUGAUAAGAAUGGAGAGACCGAGCUGUGUAUGGAAGGCCGAGGCAUCCCUGCCCCUGAGGAAGAGCGGACGCGGCAGGGCUGGCAGCGGUACUACUUUGAGGGCAUCAAACAGACCUUUGGCUAUGGUGCACGCUUGUUUUAGGGCCAGCAACUGGGGCUCCAGCCUGCUCAACACUUCAAUCCAGCCCACUCCUGACUGGGGCUGUGGCUCACAGGAUUGCACCAUCCCAACCGCUAACUUGGGGCUGGGGCCCCUCCCCUCCACAUAUACCUUGGGUUUGUGCAUGUUUUCUGCUGGGUGGGAUCAGAGGGUGAUUCUCUUUUAUGUGUACAUAUGCUACAUAAACACAAAUUUUAAAAACAUAA